GGCGGGGGGCGGAAGCGCAGCGCCCGGCCCGGGGCCCGCUUCCGGUUCCGGCGGAGGAAGAUGGCGGCGCUGGGGAAGGGCUCGCGGCUGCUGCGCGCCGCCCUGAGCUCGGUGCCGGGACGCGGCCUGGCGGCGGCGGCGGCUCACGAGGCCGGGGGAGCCCGGCUGUGGAGGACGCUGACCUUCGUCGUGGCCCUGCCCGGCGUGGCCGUGUGCAUGCUGAACUGCUACCUGAAGGCGCAGCACGAGGGCGAGCGGCCCGAGUUCGUCCCCUACACGCACCUCCGCAUCAGGACCAAGCUCUUGGUUCCUCAGCUCCCGAGGCGCUCUGUGCACAGCCACGGUCUGAGCUCGCGGCUGUCUGACACAGCACGCUCCUCGCAGCUCAGCCCUUCCCCUGGGGCGAUGGGAACAAAACUCUAUUCCACAACCCUCACGUUAAUGCUCUCCCAACCGGUUAUGAAGAUGAAAACUGAGAUGCUGACCACAGCCAGGACGCUGGCUCUCCCUGUGUUCGGACCAGGCUGCUCUGUGGGAACCAUCACUUAAGAAAAACCACAUUCCUUCUACAGUCAAGUUGAACGGUGGUGCAUGCUCCACCUGUACUUGUGUAGAGGUCCUUUAAAUAAAUAAUUCCAAACCUGAA